AUGAAAGCAGAGAUGAAGCCGUUUACAUUAAUUGUAGCGGCUUUUUAUGCUUUUGUCCUAUCAUGUGUAUCCAGUAAGCAUAUUUUGCGCGAAGUACAAACAAAUGACGGCAAAAUAGUUGGUGGUACUGAGACGACCAUACAAAAUUAUCCAUACCAAGUUUACCUGACAUUGAAGCAAAAUGGUACAAACAAAUACUACGAAUGCGGCGGGUCAAUUGCAACUCAAAAUUGUAUUCUUACUGCAGCUCAUUGUCUUACUGGAAUGGAGUCAGCGACUGUAAGAGUGGGUAGUACAUAUCGAUCAAGCGGCGGUAGUACUUACAGCUCAAGAAUGUUAAUACAACAUCCAAAAUACAACGCCACUACGAGUGAUUAUGAUGUUGGUGUCAUCAGGGUGUUCAGACGUAUAACAAUUGACGGUGUCAACAGUUCGCUAGUGUACACACCUAAUUAUAGCUGUGUUGUACCAGCCGGUACUAAUCUGACUAUUACUGGAUGGGGUGAUACUACUGAAGGAGGAACAGAUAGUGAAACAUUAAGAGUGACAACUAUCAAUGUAGUCUCUGAUGAAGAAUGUAAGAAAACAUAUUCGAAUUUAACACCUCGUAUGACUUGCGCUGGCGUACCUGAGGGCGGGAGGGACACGUGUCAGGGUGACUCCGGUGGUCCACUUGUUAUAACAGGAACAAGAUUUCAAUUAGGUAUUGUAUCAUACGGCAAUGGAUGUGCUAGACCGAACACUCCGGGAGUUUACACCAAUGUUUGUGCUAUUGGCCGUUAUUCACCUCGUCGAGUUUAUAAAAACAAUGACGGUAAAAUAGUAGGGGGUUCUGAAACAACUAUACAAAAUUACCCCUACCAAGUGUAUCUGGUGCUAAAACAAGCCGGUUUAGAAGAUUACUACGAGUGUGGUGGAUCUAUUGCGACGCAGAGAUGUGUUCUCACAGCUGCACAUUGUAUCACCGGCAAAGAAUCAGUAACAGUAAGAGUUGGCAGUACAUAUACAACGAGUGGAGGCACAACGUACAAUUCCAGGAUGCUUUUCAUGCAUCCUUUUUACAAUUCUACGACAUUUGAUUACGAUAUCGCCGUGAUAAGAUUAUUGAGACGAAUUACAAUUGAUGGAACUAAUAGCUCACUCGCCGAAUUGCCUAAGAGUAAUUGCACCGUGCCUGUAGGAACCAACCUUACUAUAACUGGAUGGGGAGAUACAAGUGAAAAUGGCCAAGACAGCCCAGUUUUAAGAGCGGUUACUAUUAACGCCGUAUCUGACGAGGAAUGCAAAAAGAAAUAUACAUACUUAACUCCUCGAAUGACGUGCGCUGGUGUUCCUGAAGGAGGCAAGGAUACCUGUCAGGGUGAUUCCGGCGGUCCAUUAGCAAAAACUGGUACGAAGUCACAAGUGGGAAUUGUGUCGCAUGGGUACGGAUGCGCUCGGCCGAAUACACCUGGUGUUUAUACCAAUUUGUGCAACCCUGAUAUACAGAAUUGGUUAAGAUUAAUGAGAUGUCUUUAAAAUAUUUUUCUAUGAUUAUCUUAGGUGGGCGUAAUGCCACAAUGAAUGAAGA